UCCACUGUGGUAGGUGGCGCAGCGGUUUACUGUAUUAAGACAUUGGCGUACCUAGCUAAAUAAUAGUUUGAAAGUUGUAGGGGAUACUCAAUAAAUAGAAUCAAAGUUAGCCAAGAAGAGGAGCGGAUAUCCUGAAACAAGCCCAACAAUGUCUGCGCAGAUCAUCAGCGGCAAAGAAGUGUCGGCAAAGGUGAGGGAGCAGCUGAAGAAAGAUGUGGAGCAGAUGAAGAGCCAGUUCCCAGACUUUCGGCCAGGUCUGGUGGUCUUGCAGGUGGGGGACAGGGACGACUCCAACCUCUAUAUCAGCAUGAAGCUGAAAGCUGCCACUGAGAUUGGGAUCAAUGCCAACCACUUGAGGCUGCCAAAAACUGCCACAGAGGAUGAGGUCCUGCGCUGUAUCGUGGAGGUCAAUGAAGACCCCUCAAUCCACGGUCUGAUCGUCCAGCUGCCCCUGGACUCCAUCAAUCGAAUUGAUACGGAGAAAGUCACCAAUGCUGUGGCCCCAGAGAAGGACGUGGACGGUCUGACCAGUAUAAAUGCAGGGAAGCUGUCUCGAGGGGAACUGGGAAACUGCUUCCUUCCUUGCACUCCCAAUGGCUGUAUGGAGCUCAUCAGACAGACAGGCGUCUCGGUGGCCGGGAAGAACGCUGUGGUGAUUGGGCGCAGCAAGAUCGUGGGAGCACCCAUGCAUGACCUCCUCCUUUGGAGUCACGCCACGGUCACCACCUGCCACUCCAAAACCGUCGACCUCGCUGCCGAAGUUGGCAAGGCCGACAUCCUGGUGGUGGGUGCUGGGAAGCCCGAGAUGGUUAAGGGGGAGUGGGUGAAGAAGGGCGCGGUGGUCAUCGACUGCGGCAUUAACCAUAUCCCAGACAGCACCAAGCCAAAUGGGAAACGUGUGGUGGGGGAUGUCCACUACUCCUCUGCCAAGGAGCGGGCAGGCUAUAUCACCCCAGUGCCCGGGGGUGUGGGCCCGAUGACAGUCGCUAUGCUCAUGCAGAACACGGUGGAGAGUGCUAAGCGCUUCCUUCAGACGUACCGCCCGGGGAAGUGGAACAUCUCCUACACCAAGCUGAACCUGCAGAAGCCUGUGCCAAGCGACAUUCAGAUCUCCCGCUCCUGCACGCCCAAGCCUAUUGACCGGUUGGCCAGGGAGAUCGGUCUGUUCUCCGAGGAGGUGGAGCUGUACGGGAAAACCAAGGCCAAGGUGCAGCUGGACACCAUCAAGCGCCUGAAGGAUCAGCCUGAUGGGAAAUACGUGGUGGUCACUGGAAUCACGCCCACCCCCCUUGGGGAGGGGAAGAGCACCACCACAGUGGGGCUGGUGCAAGCUCUAGGGGCGCAUCUCAACCUCAACGUGUUUGCCUGCGUCCGCCAGCCCUCCCAGGGCCCCACCUUCGGAAUCAAAGGUGGUGCUGCUGGAGGUGGAUACUCUCAAGUCAUUCCUAUGGAAGAGUUCAAUCUUCACCUCACCGGUGACAUCCACGCCAUCACUGCCGCCAACAACCUGGUGGCUGCUGCCAUCGACGCCCGCAUGUUCCACGAGUCCACACAGUCAGACAAGGCUCUGUUCAAUCGGCUGGUCCCCUUGAGCUCUGGGCAGAGGAAGUUCUCCCCCAUCCAGCUCAACAGACUGAAGAGACUGGGCAUUGAGAAGUCUGACCCCUCUGCCCUGACAGAGCACGAGAUAAGCCGCUUCGUCAGGCUAGACAUCGACCCGGACACCAUCACUUGGCAGAGAGUAAUGGACACCAACGACCGCUUCCUCAGAAAGAUCACAAUCGGCCAGUCCCCCACAGAAAAGGGAUUCACCAGGACGACGCAGUUCGACAUCUCGGUGGCCAGCGAGAUCAUGGCCGUGCUGGCGCUCACCAGCGGUCUGGAGGACAUGAGGCAGCGCUUGGCCAAGAUGGUGGUGGCCAGCAGUCGGAGCGGGGACCCCAUCACCACAGAGGACCUGGGCGUGAGUGGGGCGCUGACGGUGCUCAUGCGGGACGCAAUCAAGCCCAACCUGAUGCAGACCCUGGAGGGAACUCCUGUGUUUGUUCAUGCUGGCCCAUUUGCCAACAUCGCCCACGGCAACUCCUCAAUCUUGGCUGAUAAAAUCGCAUUGAAGCUGGUGGGUCCUGAGGGAUUUGUAGUGACGGAGGCUGGGUUUGGCGCAGACAUUGGCAUGGAGAAGUUCUUCAACAUCAAGUGCAGGUAUUCGGGCCUGAGGCCACACGUGGUGGUACUGGUGGCCACAGUCCGCGCUCUCAAGAUGCAUGGAGGCGGGCCCACGGUCACGGCUGGACUGCCCCUGCCGAAAGAGUACACAGACGAGAACCUGGAGCUGCUGGAGAAGGGCUGCAGUAACCUGAAGAAGCAGGUGGAGAAUGCGAAGGCUUUUGGUGUUCCUGUGGUGGUAGCUGUUAACGCCUUCAAGACAGACACAGAUGCUGAGCUGGACCUGGUCUGCAGCCUAGCCAAGGCGGCAGGAGCCUUCGAUGCAGUGCGCUGCUCUCACUGGGCUGAAGGGGGAGCUGGAGCGGUGGCUCUAGGGCAGGCCGUGCAGAAGGCAGCAAAUUCACCCAGUGAUUUCAGGUUCCUCUAUGAUGUGGAGCUGCCCAUCGUUGACAAGAUCAGAAUCAUUGCUCAGAAGAUCUAUGGAGCAGAUGACGUGGAACUCCUUCCAGAGGCCCAACAGAAGGUGGAGGUCUACACCAAGCAGGGCUUCGGAAAUUUGCCCGUCUGUAUGGCCAAAACCCACCUCUCUCUGUCCCACGACCCGGAGAAGAAGGGGGUGCCGACCGGAUUUAUCCUGCCCAUCAGAGACAUCCGUGCCAGUGUGGGCGCUGGAUUCCUGUACCCGCUGGUUGGCACGAUGAGCACAAUGCCAGGACUGCCUACAAGGCCCUGCUUCUACGACAUUGACCUGGACCCAGAGACUGAGCAGAUCAAUGGCCUCUUCUGAGAGCAGCGUGCCUGCUGGGCAGCUGCUGUAUGGAGGCGAUCCAGACCCUCGCUACAAAUCGAAUCAAAUAUGAUGGAACAAUUCCCGAUCCAGAACUGGAAAAUCUUCCACUUCCCGUCACUGCAGUAAUUGAAGCAAUCAGUCAGUCAGUUUUCAGAACCCUCAUGUUUUAUCUCUGUUGACUGGCUCGUUUACAUCUAGUGUUUACAGAUUUCUUCCUUUCCUACCGCUGAACUGCAGCCUUAUUUCAAGGGAGUCAACAAAAGUCUGAAGAAACAGGGAAUGCACAGUAUGCAUCGUUUUCUCACCACCUCUGUCAUGACUGAACAGCUUUCCUCGUUAGCUUAUUACAGCAUGUCAAAAAUCAAGUCUGCUUCUCAAUAGAAGUCUCAGAGAAGAUAUGACAUUUGCUAAUGACAGCAGAUCAUGAAAAUUAGCUGCUGCCACAUCUCACCAGUCUGUCUAGCAAAUACUAAGAAUAGGCCAUGUAAUUAGAAGAGAAGGCAUGGUUGUUUUAUGUGGAUGCUCAUUGGACACUUUGAAGUGAGGUAUAAGAGAUGGAAUAAAGAAGCUGUACUGUGUCACUUUUCUCAGCUCUGUCUUUCACUGUCCUCAUGGACAUGGGGUCUUACUUGAAUGUUGCUCUCUUGCUGUGCUGACUUCAGCCCAUAAUACCAAUAGAUUGAGUUUCACUCAUUAUUUUUGCAGUAUUGACACGAAUUUCAAACAAAAUAUGAUUCCUUUUCUGUUUUUUGCUAUCGUUUGUUUUUAAGAAUGUGGCUGUUCAAUGUGA